UAUUGAAAGAUGGCUUACAAUAGUUGAUUGAAUGUUAAUAGCGAUCAUUGAUUGUCUUUGAAUGUCUCGAAACGUUUGUUGUAUGCAAUCGUGUCGUAACACUAAACAUGAGUUUCCAAACUUGUCUUUUCAUAACUUUCCCACAAAAGAGACCCAAAGAUGUCAAAAAUGGGUCCAAUUUUGCGACAAUCAAUCGAUUUGGAGACUCUUUGAGACAAACGAUCCAAAGUUAGAGCACAAGAGUAUCUGUUCCCAACAUUUUCAUGACAACUCUUAUAACAAUCCAAUGAAGAAAAUMAGACUAAUGUGUAAUGCAUUGCCAACUAUUAAGGCAAACACGAAGAAGAAGAGUACAGUUACAGACACCACAGCUAUAAAACCUCCGGAACCGAUCGUUGUUUCGGCACAACUCUUGUUACGGACUAAUUUGUCGCGUAAUUGCCGAACAAAUCGACCACAAAAUUCAAGUUCUUUGUCAACGACUACUGACAAUCGGGAAAAUACAUCAAAUGUGACCAAAAGUAACGAUGAAAAUGUAAUGUCUUUAGACAAUCAAAUAGUGUCYACACGUAAAACAAAUCCCAUUACUAAUCAUUUUUCAACACAACAUACGAAAUAUGAAACAGAAAUUAAGAGUCUUAAGGAUAAACUCAAAAAAUGCAAGAAACAGGUCAUGAAUUUAAGAUAUCGACUGAAGCGAACAGAAGCCAUAGGAAACUCRCAGAAAUCAAAAUUAAAUUAUAUUUUGAAGAAUAUUAAAAGUCUGAAUGAAGAAGAAUUGAAUCCAGUGUUGUCUGAGAUAAUUCAAUCUAAUUUAAGUAAUGCUUUUAUUGCAAAAAGUCGCUCUCAGAAGUGGUCCAAUUCAAUGAAGAAGUUUUGUUCAGAUAUUUACCAUAAGAGUCCAUCCGCUUAUAGACAUAAAUUCCGAACCAAUUAA